CGCCCGCCCCCAGGCUUGAACCUCAGCCCGGGGCAGCCGAGGACGGAGAGGCGGGCGCCAACGGCCGGCGCUGCGGGGCGGGAGUCGGCGCGGGAACCGGCGCGGAAGCGCGGCGGGGAGAGGUUGGUGUAGCUGAGGCUCGGGGCCUUGCAUCUUCCGGCCGGGCCCUGGCCACCUGGGGGACCCGGCAGUGACCCGGUGCUCCCAGGCAGGUGCCGGCGGCGUCCGCCGAGGCCGCCGUCUGGCCAUGAUCGACUCGGUGAAGCUGCGCCGCGCCGGAGCUGCAGACUUCUUCUCGCAUUAUGAAUACCUGUGCGCGCUGCAGGACUCGGUACCCCUGCCUGGUGUGCGCGCCUGCCUCCGGGAGGGCCUGCUGGAGUUCAACGCCGACCGCCUCCGCUUGGGGGACUGGGCGCCGCUCCUGAGCACCCUCAAGAUUAAUAGAGAUCUGCCCCUGGUCUCUAUCAAGAGCUUCUUCCAGGCGUGGCUUAGCGAAACAGGUUGUGACAGAAGUAAAGUUUGCAGACGUCAUGUUCCUGCAAUAAGAAACAAAGAUGUGACCUUCCAGUUAUGUAAAGCUCUUAAAUGCUGUUUAAGUGUAUCAAGUGCUCUAAAGAACCUGGAGCUAAAUGGACUAGUUCUGAGAGAGAGAGAUUUAACUAUUUUAACAAAGGGAUUGAAUAAAUCAGCUACUUUGGUGCACCUGUCUCUUGCGAAUUGUCCAAUUGGAGAUGGAGGUUUAGAAAUUAUUUGUCAAGGUAUGAAGAACUCAAUCACUCUUAAGACAGUAAAUUUCACAGGGUGUAAUCUGACAUGGCAGGGAGCAGAUCACAUGGCCAAGAUCUUAAAGUAUCAGACCAUGAGAAGACAUGAGGAAACCUGGGCUGAGAGUCUUCGUUACAGGAGACCUGAUCUUGACUGUAUGGCUGGUUUGAGGCGCAUCACCUUGAAUUGCAACACACUCAUUGGUGACCUUGGUGCAAGAGCAUUUGCAGAAUCUCUUAGUGAGGAUUUAUGGCUUAGAGCACUUGACCUGCAGCAGUGUGGCCUUACCAGUGAAGGAGCAAAGGCUUUACUAAAUGCCCUUGAAACCAAUGGAACCCUAGUCAUUCUGGAUAUAAGAAAAAAUCCUCUCAUUGAUCAUUCUGUGAUGAAAGCAGUUAUCAAAAAAGUUCUCCAGAAUGGAAGGAGUGCCAAGUCAGAGUAUCAGUGGAUAACUUCUCCAUCAAUGAAGGAACCAUUCAAAACUGCUAGACAAAAAAAGAAAACUAUAAUUCUGGGAAGUGGUCGAAAAGGAAAAGCUACUAUCAGAAUUGGAUUAGCUUCAAAGAAAUCUGUAAGUAAUGGAAGAAAACACUUCCUUGGUAAAGAAUAUGCUCCUGAACCUCUCCCGCCUGGUGUGUGUGGGUUCCUGCCAUGGCGUACUGCACAGCGUGCAAAAAGGAUCAGGGGUUUUCCAUUAAUCAAAACUCGUGAUGAAUAUAAUCAGUUGCAGCAAUCAGAGUUUCCUGUGACUGUGACCGUAGAGAGUCCUUCCUCCUCAGAAAUUGAAGAGAUAGACGAUUCUUCAGAAAGCAUUCAAGAAGAGCCUGAGAAGGCCAGUUUAAAACAAGAAGUAUUACAGGCAAAACUGGAGGAGUGCCUAAAGCAAUUAAAGGAGGAAAGAGUAAUAAGGCUUAAGGCUGAUAAACGAGUAAGUGAGCUGGAACGUGAAAAUGCCCAGUUAAGAAAUAUAAAUUUCUCUUUGUCUGAAACCCUUCAUGCACGGUCAUUGACAAGCAUGAUCCUGGAUGAUGAAGGUGUUUUGGGCAGCAUAGAGAAUUCUUUCCAGAAGUUUCAUGCUUUCUUGGAUCUCCUUAAAGAUGCUGGGCUUGGGCAGUUUGCCACAAUGGCUGGAAUAGGUCAGUCAGAUUUUCAUUUACUAGGUCAUCCCCAGAUGAAUUCUACUGUUAGUAGUCCACCUAACGAAGAAAAGAAGGCACUUGAAGAAGAAAAACCAGAAGAAAAGCAGAAUGCCCUAGGACCAAUGCAGAAUAUCCAAUUUCAGAAAAUUACAGGUGACACUAGAAUUCCUUUGCCUCUCGACUCCUUCCCAGUCCCAAUUUCUACUCAAGAGGCCUUAGAAACGUCCAAAGACGAGGUGGAAGUCCCAGUCACAGAGCAGCCACAGGAGUCUGUCAAAGAAUUCAUUGCUAGAAUUUGUUCUCCUUCAGCAGAUGUGAUUUCUGGAACUGGAAGUCAAAGAAAAGAAGACGAGUUGUCUAGAAAUAGCAGAUCUUUAGAGAAAAUGCCCAAAACAGGUGAAUAUGCAAGAAACCACUCUGCUAAGAAACAACCCAGAAAGGACUUACAUUCUAGUUCUGACUCAUCUGUAAGCUGGAAAAAUAAAGGAAUUGGGCAAAAUAGUUCUUUGGUUAAUGAACCGAUUAAAAAUGAGCCUAGGGAAAAACAAAUUUCUGUCAAGAAAGAAAGUAGAAUAGUGACUAUUUCAUCCAAGACAAGUGAAAGUAAACUCAAUCUACUAGAACAUUCUGAAAGUAAUCAUCUUGGAUCAGAUUUUGAAUUUCAAGAAAGCAUCCAUACUCUAUCACGCCUGACAUAGGUCUUAAUCUUUAGAAAUUAUGUUUUGUCUUCAAAUUUUAAUAAAUGUCAUGUUUUCAUUAA